GCCGUGAUUGGCGCAGGUGACGCGCUGUGCUGUGGUCACGUCAAACUUCGUCCCCCUUGUGGAGCCAUGCGCAUUGACGCUUGUUGUCGUGCUGGCGGAGCGGCUCGCCAUGGCUAGACCGGGCCCGGGACCCCGCUGACACCGAGAACCUCCCCCCCCUUGUCCUCCGCAUGGAGGGCACCGACAUGGACGUGGACGCGGAGCUCAUGCAGAAGUUCAGCUGCAUGGGCACCACGGACAAGGACGUCCUCAUCACGGAGUUCCAGAGGCUGCUGGGCUUCCAGCUCAACCCCGCCGGCUGCGCCUUCUUCCUGGACAUGACCAACUGGAACCUCCAGGCGGCCAUCGGCGCAUACUACGACUUUGAGAGCCCUGGUAUCAACACGCCCUCCAUGUCUUUCGUUGAGGACGUGACGAUCGGCGAAGGCGAGUCGGUCCCUCCAGACACACCCUUCACAAAAACCUGGAGGAUACAGAACUUAGGGGCAGAGUCUUGGCCGCCCGGCGUGUGUCUGAAGUACAUCGGCGGGGACCAGUUUGGCCACAUGAACACGGUCAUGGUGAAGUCUUUGGAGCCACAGGAGGUCGCAGAUGUGAGCGUGCAGAUGAGAAGUCCCGCCUCUCCUGGCAUGUACCAGGGCCAGUGGAGGAUGUGCACGGCCACCGGAUUGUUCUACGGAGACGUGAUCUGGGUGAUCCUCAGCGUGGAGGUGGGCGGCCUCCUGGGCGUCACCCAGCAGCUGUCCUCCUUUGAGACGGAGUUCAACACGCAGCCGCAGCGCGACAUGCAGGAGGACUUCAACCCCUUCGCCUCGCCGCAGAAGAACAAGCGCGAGACGGGGGACCGCAGCAUCGGCGGUGGCGGCGCAUGCGAGCGCACGUCGGAGUCGGCGCCGCGGGACGAGAACGCCCCGUCUCACAACGCCGUCAACAGGACGUCGAACGGCCUCUAAGCUAAGGUGUCGGCAAAGGGUGACCCUUUCCUGUCGGACUGAGCGAGAGACACAAACGGACCUCAAAGGGGGCGGGGACAAACUGUUUUCUAACGACUCUUACCACACCCCUCGCUCUCCGCCCUCUUUCGCCGACCAGACGAUGCACGCGGGAACGUUUCUUUCACGUAGAUUCCUUUUUCUUUUUUUUCCCCCCCACCAUCACCAACCAUGACGGGUUGUUUGUGAGGGUCCGGGACAUCUCGUCGGGGUUCAGGUUAGUCAUCGCACGGGCGUCUUUUUUUUUGUUUUGUUGAAGACGUCGGCCUUAAAAGUCAAAGUACACAUCACAGCAGCACCCGACCGAGUGUUAAUCACCUUCUUUGUUUCCACGCAGACCAUUGAGUGUUCUUUCUAGGAGGUGUUCCACCUUAAAGACCCAGUCGUCGUUUCAAAUCCUCCUCGCAGGUCACAGGAAAUAGUCAAGAAAUUGCUACGUAGGAACUCCCAAAGACUGAUACUAAAAAGAACCCCGAGGUCUUCCGGCCACAAGGGGGCCCUCUUCAGACUCCAUAGAACGAUGUGUUUUUUUUUAAAGGCGGGCUUUGGAAAAGUGUGUAAAGACAUGAGUUACUGAGGUGUGAGAAAGUUUUUUUUUUAAAAAGCCAUCAAAAAGUCUAUUUUGCCUGGUGAGUGAGUGUGUUUUCCACGUCUGUGUUUUGGAUUUAAAAAGUGACGAUGAAAGGGUGUGUGUGUGUGUGUGUGUGUGUGUGUGUGUGUGUGUGUGAGUGUGUGCGGUCUUCUCCACGUUAUUUAUUUGUACACCGCGGGUUCUGCGGCUCCUCUCUUUGCCAGCAGGCGGUGCUAGAGCUUGAUUAAAUCUGCAUAUUCAAACGGAAAGGUUGACUUACUGUUUGCACAAACACUUCUCAUGAUCCACAAAGGAGAUAAUUUGAUUUUGGCUUUGUUGUGAAAACACCACGCAUUCCUCGGUGCUCCUCUUUCUGUUCUUCACAGCUUUAAAGAUUUUUAAAAACCACCAAAUUGUCCUCACGGAAAGUGACUUUUUAUCAUCACGACGUGUAUUUUUUUUUUUUUUUGAAUGGAGAAUAAAAUGGUUGAAGUUGUUUGAAAA